AUGCCUCAUCCAAAUAGGUCCCCCAGCUCGCCAAGCCUGCGAAUUCACCCCAAGCAGGCCUUGGAUGAGCUUCCUCUCUUUCAACAACCCUCAAUGCCUCCCUCGAAGCCCCCUUCUCACAACUCCUCGGUCCGAAGGCUCUGUCCCCGUCGUCCUCGCCCUUCCGUCGCGUCAAUAGCAGAUAUUUUUGUCGGCUCGCUGGUUCUGGCAAGCUUCUGCCACGAACACUCGCCGAGUCGUCGGGGGUUGUCGACAGUAGCUUGGGGUGCCUCGGAUCAUAAUCUUCAAAAAUUCCAGAGCAAAAGCGCCACUAGUCGCAGACCGCUACCACCCCGACGACAACCAGAGUAUUCAAGCUCAAGGUUUGAUCUGUCGCAACCCAAAAGAUUGAUCAGCAAUGGAUUGGCACGUACGGAUGAUGACAAUACAGAGGAGUAUAAUGUGGAGACCGAGUCACGGGAGGAGAGGAAGACAGAAGACGAUGACUAUAUACCAUUGUGGCCGGCAAAGAAUGCGGACGUGGAAUCGCAAACCCGCUCCGAAAGAUUUGAUUUUACAUAUGAUUUCGACCGCAGAAUAGAGAUAUCAGAACACACCAAACCCGACAACGGCAUCGGCAUCGACCCCAAACUGCCAGACAAAUUUCCCCGCCAAUCCUUCCCGUCAUGGCUGCAUCCCGAGAAGGAGAGACGCCUCUCCACGUCAAAACUAUACGAAAAGUCCUUGGCAGAUUAUGAUUGGAAGAAAGCAGUGAAGGUUGUUGCACCCUAUUCCCGUUACACAAAGACGCGGAAAGAGGAAUCGCACGAUCAAAUGGAAAUCCACUCGGUUGAGAAGCUGGUCAGAACAUUGUGGGAAGAGCCAGAUCCAUCAACUCAAUACCUGUUCCGAUUAUACAGAGAUUUGCCUGCACCUGGAGUAGCUUUGCUUUCGAAACGCACUCGUGGUGCUCUUUUACGUCUGUUCGCGCAUCCUCGAGAUCGACGAUGGGUAGAUGCCCGUCGCUAUUUGGCCUUAGUGGAUGAUAUGCUAGCUGCUCGACUUCCUCUUUCCCGCUCACUCUGGUCUUCUGCGAUACAUCUUUCUGGCCGAGCCAACGGCAAAGUUUUGAAACGAGAUCUGAUCCGAGCCGUGGGUAUGUGGCAGAAGAUGGAACAUAUCGCCGGAGUGAAGGCUGACGAAGUGGUAUUCAACAUUUUGUUUGACAUCGCAAUCAAAGCCGGCGCGUUUAAAGUUGCUGAUCGUCUGGAGGAGGAAAUGACUGAGCGGGGCCUAAGUUUUUCACGGUGUGGAAAAACAUCCAAAAUCUAUUAUUUUGGGAUGAUACGGGACGUUGAAGGUAUUCGAGAGACCUUUGACAACUUUGUGAAAUCCGGGGAGAUUGUCGACACAGUUGUCAUGAACUGCCUCAUUGCCUCUUUUCUUCGGGCAGGCGACCUCCAAACUGCGGAGCAGCUCUAUGCACGCAUGCUGGAGAAACAGUCAAGCAAUAACAAACGCCUCGCGCGUUUGGACGAUCGAUCCAACCUGAACAUUGGCGGGUCAAAUCUGAGCUAUGACAUGCCCCAGUAUCGGGAAAAAGCCCGAAAGUUAGGUCGCGUAUUGAAGAAAUCGGCGGCACUCAAGGAGAAGUUCCCGGAAUACCACCGUGCUCUCCAGGAUUCUCUUUCCAUCGCACCUGACACGCGAACUUUUUAUAUCUUCCUGCGACACUACGCCUACAACACUGGCCAGCUCGAUAGCUUCAUGGCUGUCAUGCGUGACAUGGAGAAGACCUUCCUUGUCCCACCACGUGCUAUAAUCUAUCUUUUCCUCUUUGAAGGGUUCGCUCUCCAUGGUCGGAGGAAAAAGCAAUGGAGUGCAGAAAACCUUCGGCUGACAUGGCAUGCAUAUAUCCGGGCUCUUCGGGACUCGAAUACAAGACUACGUGGAUUCAAUUUGAACAACCGAAAGAUGACAUGGGAGAACCCACUAGCUAAGAGCGUGGCAAUCGAUGUCGAGGAGCUACCAGUGACCGAUUCUCCCAACGGGUUGUACAUGGCUUUGCCAACGGUGCAUACAGUUGAAAAUCCACAGGGAUCGGAGGAAGCUGCUGAGGGCUCUACCAUGGGUGAUUCUCGAGACAAUGAACAAGCCGCAAAGUCUGAACUGGAUGAAAAUGAAGAUGAAACCACAGAAAUAGAGGAACUUGAUGUAGAUGAGGUCUUCAACCCUCGCUUGCAGUUCCCCGGCGAAGCAGAGCAAGAAGAAUCCUGGGACCCCGAGCAGCGUCUUGAAAAUGGUCUUUUUGUUGGACGUCGGAUGAUUACCGUUAUCCUGCAGGCAUUUGGAACAUGCUGUGGCCCCAAAGAGGUUCUCGAGGUCUGGUUGCAACUCGAGCGGCUUUGGCAUCCGCAGCAGCGCAAAGCGGUUGAUGUCUUCGCCAUCAAGGAAGAACUUGAUAAACAGAUGUCCAGGGAUCCUCAUCGGAACCGCUGA